AUGGUUAGAAACUUGAAGCAUCAUGAGCAAAAGCUCUUAAAAAAAGUCGAUUUUCUUGAUUGGAAACAGGACCAGGGUCACAGGGAUACUCAAGUGAUGAGAACCUACCACAUCCAAAAUAGAGAAGACUAUCAUAAAUACAAUAAAAUAUGUGGAGAGAUCAGAAAGUUGGCUCAUAAGCUCUCCUUAUUGCAACCCACAGACCCCUACAGAAUAAAACACGAGCAGUUACUUUUGGAAAAGUUGUAUGCAAUGGGUGUUCUUGCUACGAAGUCGAAGAUCUCUGAUUUGGAGAAUAAAAUUACUGUAAGUUCAUUAUGUCGUAGAAGAAUCCCCGUGGUGAUGUGCCGUUUAAAGAUGGCCGAAACUGUGAAAGAUGCAGUCACAUUUGUCGAACAGGGACACGUGAGAGUGGGACCAAACGUCAUAACUGAUCCAGCGUACUUGGUAACAAGAAACUUAGAAGAUUACUUGACCUGGGUAGACACCUCAAAGAUAAAGAGAAAUCUUCUCAAGUAUAAAAACAAGAUCGAUGACUUUGAUCUCGCCUAG